ACAACAAAAUGUCAAAAUAAAUUGAAUGGAGUGAAAAGUGUCGCUGCCGGAUUUUGGAAUAAGAAGUGAGCAAGUGAAUAUCGUCAAAAAAUCGAAAAUAUUCCUAGAAAUCCUUUUAGUUAUUAGUUUGUAAUUAUCGGUUUUAAAAUUUAUUCGCUGUACGUUAUAGUUUUUUAGUAUUAUUUUUGUUUAGCUAAGCCUGUGACUAAAGUCGAAAUUCUAAAUAAUAUCGAGUAUCUAGAGGACAUUCGCUGGGCGUAAAAAGAAAAUGGCGUGUGCUACUCUAAAAAGAAAUUUGGACUGGGAGUCCAUGUCCCAGAUGCCUGCUAAAAGGCGAAGAUGUGCUCCGUUUGCAGCCAGCUCAAGCACAAGCCCAGGAAUAAAAAUGACUGAAAAUAGGCCUUCGAGUUUUGGAGAGUCAGUAACUGCACCUGCUAAAUUGACCCCAGAGCGCAUGGCGCAAGAGAUUUGCGACGAGAUCAAGCGGCUGCAGCGGCGCCGGCAGCUGCGGCUGGCCAGCGGCGCGGCGGCGUCGUGCUCGUCGUCCAGCGGCUCAGAGGGCGACUGCUCGCCGCCGCACCGCUCCUCGCACAACUCGCAGAAGGUCCACAACCGCGCGCUCUUCACUUUCAAACAGGUAAAUUGGUUUAUAGCGACCCUAAUAUAACGGCCGUUUGGUGUA